AGGGAGAGGCGGGGAGCGGGGCGUCAGCAUCAUGGGGGAGCAGAUUUGGGGCAGCGACAGCGACGAGACCGUGGUGGAGGGCUCGGUGGCGGAGAGCGAUGUGGAGGAAGAGGAGUUCUACAGGAGGAGAUGGUUAUCUGUUUUCAAUAAGGACAUGGAUUUAACAACAGAAAUAAAAAAUAAUGGAGGAGUUUCCUCUCCAGAAAUCCAUUUUAUGCAUAUAGCUCACGAUCAUAUGUAUGGACUAAAGUUAAAACAGAUACCUCAAGAGAGAUAUGCACCUGACCAGUCUCAGUCUCUACUGCAGGGCUGGAUAAACUAUCCAUCGCUUACUGAAAAUAUUUCUAAACCUGCUUUCUCACUAAAUUCUGCAGUAGAGGGACAGCAAAAUAAUUCUUUAGAUACCAACGUGCUUGGAUUUCAGAGAGAUUCAGAAGGAAAGUCUCAGUUCACUGCUGACCGGUUCAUGGCUCUCAGGCCUAUGGAUGCUGGACAAGGAAACUCAUUGAAAUUAGCUUCUGCAGGAAAAAAAUAACUGCUAUUACCAACUCCUAUUGCAAUGUCAUGGACCAUCAUGAGAAUUUCUGCAGCUCUGUUAACAUCAGCUGCAUGGGUUAUAGAGAAACAAGAGGAUCUUGGUGCGUACAUGGAAUGCUUGCUGCCAUCUGCAGCUUCUUAGGAAAACUCCCAUUAACUCACAGCAAGAUACUGGUUUCAGAAUUUCUUCCUGAAAAAUAUAUGACUAUCAAUAUGCAACUAUAAUAGUGGGUUUGGUAAACGAAACGUUCCUAGUGUGCGGAAUGGAACAAAAAUAGAACCUAAAUGCCUUGAAACAAAUGCCUGUAGAGAAUAGCUAGAUCAAGUAUAUUGAGAAGACCUCCAUAGAGGGUAUUUCAGGUGUCUGGAGUAGGAAGGUUGGAAUUUAUCUCUAUGGUGAAUUAUACUUUUUCCAUAUUGGCUUAUGUUGGCACUGCCAAGAUCUGAGAGCUGCAGGAAAACGUAUUGUGAGAGGAACCUACGACCGUCACAGCUUCUGUGUACUGAUUUGAAGAAAGGGCAGGACAGACACCUUGACAACCAGCAGUGAGUCAUUGGGCAUGUUGGGUUUUUUUACGUAGUCCUGGAAAUACAAGAGAAAGUCAAUAAUAAA